GGUUUACACAAAUGUGUUCCGUUUUGAGCCAAAAUGGCAGUAGUUUCUCUCUGCUCCAUCGGCAUUGCAUUAUGUCUGAGGCUGUCUAUGCAAGGCAUUACAUAACACAAGGGGGCGCACAAAUUCGAAUUUCGUCUGCAUCAAAGAUGGCGGUACGGAAGAAAGACGGAGGCCCGAACGUAAAAUAUUUCGAAGCGUCUGACACUGUCUCGCAGUUCGACAAUGUCCGCGUCUGGUUGGGAAAGAAUUAUAAAAAGUACAUCCAGGCAGAGCCUCCUACCAAUAAGUCUCUGUCCAGCCUGGUGGUCCAGCUCCUGCAGUUCCAGGAGGAGGUGUUCGGGCGCCAUGUCAGCAACCCCCCCCUGACCAAAUUACCGAUGAAGACCUUUCUUGACUUUAAGCCCGGCGGAGCCCUCUGCCACAUAUUGGCUUCAGCCUACAAGUUCAAGAGUGACCAAGGAUGGCGCAGGUUUGACUUCCAGAAUCCUUCUAGAAUGGACCGGAACGUGGAGAUGUUCAUGACCAUUGAAAAAUCGUUGGUGCAGAAUAAUUGUCUAUCACGGCCUGUAAUCUACCUUAGUUCAGAAAUUGAGCCUAAGCUGCUGGUCAAACUGAAGGAUAUCAUCAAGAGGCAUCAGGGGUCUUUGACUGAAGAUAAGGCAUCCAGUUCUCAUGUGGUCGUCCCAAUCCCACCCAGUCUGGAAGAGGAGGAGUGGGUUCGGCCGGUGAUGAAGAGAGACAAACAGGUGCUGCUCCACUGGGGAUACUGGCCAGACAGCUAUGACACAUGGAUCCCAGCUAAUGAGAUAGAGGCUGCUGUGGAAGACCCCCCCACCCCAGAGAAACCCAGGAAGGUUCACGCUAAAUGGAUCCUGGAUCUGGACCAGUAUAAUGAGUGGAUGACUGAGGAAGACUACGAGGUGGGCGAGGGGGGGACGAAGAGGAAGAGGAUCUCUGCUAAGACGCUGACGGACGAGGUGUCCACCCCUGACGACCGCAGGGAUAAGAAGGCGGGAAACGCCAAGAAGAGGAAACGCUCGCGUUCACCCUCCCCUGCCCCGCCCUCUCAGGAGAGCAAGAAGAAAAACACUAAAAAAGGACCCACAACCCCCUACACCAAGUCAAAGCGAGGGCAGAGAGAGGAGGAGCAGGACGAGGGCAGCAAAGAGGCAGACGAGCCGUCACCCACCCCUCCCACUGAGGACAGCGCUGCUCCUAAGACAGAUGAACAAGAAGAUGAAUCCAUGGAAACAGUAGGCAAGGAGGAAGAGGAGGGAUCCCCCAGUGUUAAAGGAGAGCCAGUGAAGGGCGCUGACCUGCAUGAGGAUAACGUCACAGAGCAAACGCACCACAUUAUUAUCCCCAGCUACGCAGCCUGGUUCGACUACAACAGUGUUCAUGCCAUAGAGCGUAGAGCUCUCCCUGAAUUUUUUAACGGCAAGAACAAGUCCAAGACACCUGAAAUUUACCUGGCAUAUCGCAACUUCAUGAUAGACACAUACCGGCUGAACCCCCAAGAGUAUUUGACCUCUACAGCGUGCCGUAGGAAUCUGGCUGGAGACGUGUGCGCCAUCAUGAGGGUUCAUGCGUUUCUAGAGCAGUGGGGGCUGAUCAACUACCAGGUGGACUCCGAGAGUCGACCCACCCCCAUGGGCCCCCCUCCCACCUCCCACUUCCAGGUGCUGGCGGACACCCCGUCCAGCCUGAUACCACUGCAGCCCAAGACACAGGCACAGGCUGCCACCCCGCAGCAGCUGUUGUCUUUCCCAGAGAAGGUGAAGGAUAAGCCAGCUGACCUGCAGAACUUCGGCCUGAGGACAGACAUCUACAAGAAGACUGGCCCCAGUAAAGUAUGUGGCAGAGGAGGGAGAACCUCCGCACCUAAAACCAAAGGGAAUGCAGAAAAUCACUUUGGAACUUUGGAACUAGUUGAAGGGAACUUUGAGUAUGAAUAUGAGGAGAAUAAGAAUCCAGCAAGUGCCACACGGGACUGGACAGAACAGGAAACACUGCUGCUCCUGGAGGGACUGGAGAUGUAUAAGGACGACUGGAAUAAGGUCUCGGAGCACGUGGGCAGCCGCACGCAGGACGAGUGCAUCCUGCACUUCCUGCGUCUGCCCAUCGAGGACCCGUACCUGGAGGAGGGGGCUCCGCUUGGGCCGCUGGCCUACCAGCCCGUGCCCUUCAGCCAAUCAGGAAACCCUGUCAUGAGCACUGUCGCCUUCCUCGCCUCCGUGGUCGACCCGCGAGUCGCCUCCGCCGCCGCCAAAUCAGCACUCGAGGAGUUCUCUCGCAUGAAGGAGGAGGUGCCCGCUGCUCUGGUGGAGGCCCACGUAAGGCGGGUAGAGGAGGCAGCGCGGACCAGCGGGCGACCUGACCCGCUCUACGGUCUUGAGGGUAGCGGGAUCGCUGGCACGGGCCUGGAGGACGCAGACAAACCAGCAGAGGAGACCAGUGAGGAGAGUAAAGGGGAAAGCCAGCCCAGUGAGGACAAGAAGGAAAACAAGGAGAGUAAAGAAGAAAUGGUGGAGGAAGAGGAGAAAGGAGAUGGUGCCAAAAAAGAGGAGGAGAGAGCAAGGGAUGGAGAGACUGAGAGAGAGACAGAGAAGCCCGACACAGAACAGGGUGAAGGUGACAAAGACCGAGAGAAUAAGAAUCCGCUGGAGGAGGGCCAGAAGGAAGGAGAGAGCGAAGGAGAGAGAAAAGCGAAAGUGGAAAGAGACGUGGGGGAGGGCAACCUGGCCACCGCUGCUGCCUCUGCCCUUGCUGCUGCCGCCGUCAAGGCCAAGCACCUGGCGGCGGUGGAGGAGAGGAAGAUCAAAUCUCUGGUAGCCCUGCUGGUGGAGACUCAGAUGAAGAAACUGGAGAUCAAACUAAGGCACUUUGAGGAGCUUGAGACCAUCAUGGAUCGUGAGAGAGAGGCGCUGGAGUACCAGCGUCAGCAGCUGCUGGCCGACCGUCAGUCCUUCCACAUGGAGCAGCUGAAGUAUGCAGAGAUGCGGGCGCGUCAACAGCACUUCCAGCAGCUGCAGAGCCAGCAGCAUGCACCGGUGCCUAGCAGCAACCCCCCUGCCCCGCCCCAUGCAACGGCCACCACGCCCGCCCCACCACCCCCCGUUCCCAGCCCGGCUCCGCCUACCGUUACGAGCCCACCUGCCGAAGCCCCACCCCCUGCACCUCAAGCACACGCCCACUCUGUGUCAGGCAACACUCCAGCAGUUGCUGCUAUGCACGAACCCUCCACUCCGGCUGAGCCUGUUCACCCAUCCACUCCGGUGCCUCCCCCACAAUAGAAGAAGGAAAAAGAGAUGGAGAGAGAGAAAGAGAAAAAAAGAGAAUUCAAAGAAUGAGUUGAACUGAAAAGAUGGCCAUUUGCCCUAUUUGGAACUUGGAAUGGAAUUUGGAAUUUGGAACUAUUUGAAAAAAAAUACAACCCCUUCCCAUCUCCAAAGAGACUCCAGACAAGUAUUUGGGAUCCAUUGGGAUUACUAGUUACCUGAAACACACAAACAUACAUACACACACACACACACGUAUUUACACUCUCACACACAAAGACUCACAAAACAUUUUAUUUUCUCGCGUGUGCCCCAAGUUUAGCUUCAAACAUUUCUCCUGGUCAUAUGAACACACCAAGACACUCACAAGGACUUAAAGCUGAUCUCUUAUGAGGACUUCAAAUGGACUCCAGGCCCCCCACUUAGACCCGCUUAGGUAAUGUGUUUCAGAAACAAAAGCAUGUCUGUGCAUCCAUCCCAGCCUGAUGCUGCUGUGAACAGCACUUGUCUUGAGGUGUAGGACCACAAACCAUAACAGGCAGACAAUCAGUGCAGGUGAAUUAAAUCUAACCUCUUACUAACAGCAAGAAGACAGAAGCAAGACACUCAUCUACCUACCAGUCAUUUUGUGUGAAAUACCACCCUUCAGCAUGUAAAUAUUGCUCUUUACCUAUUGUGUGUGCAUGUGUGUGUGUGUGUGUGUGUGUGUGUGUGUGUGUGUGUGUGUGUGUCUGUUUCUGUGUGUGUGUGUCUGUGUGUGUGUGUAGAGGCCCUUUACCAGUGUUAGCCCACCAGUAUACUAUAACCACAGCCACCCCUCACCUUCAGCUGGUCAGAGCAGACCCCUGCUGGUCUCUCUACUACAGUGCUGGUCUCACCUUCACUUCCAGAUGAAGAUAAAGGUCCUCCUGUGCCCCCCUAUCCCUGUCAUGCUACACUCCACUGAUGAUGCGGACUGGAGCAUCAUGAGACUUGUACAAUCUGGAGCUUGGAGACCGCAACCCCAAAGUAUCGCCUAUGGAGAUCCUUCUAAGAAAAGGAAGGAGAAUGAAGUAAAUCAAUAGAAGAUGAAGAAGAAAUUUGAAGAACAAAAUUUGCACUUUGAAUUCAAUUCAGUUCAAUUUUAUGUAUUUAUGAAGCUCCAUUAAGAAUGAGCGCCGCACAGAAGCCCAGGCCUACCUGGCCCAACAGCAACCCCCAGACCAGGAAGAUGAAGAUGCUUUCCUGGCCAACGGUAGAAGCAAAAAAGCAUUACGAUGUGUGUGUGUGUGUGUGUGUGUGUGUGUGUGUGUGUGUGUGUGUAUGUGUGUGUGUGUGUGUGUGUGUGUGUGUGUGUGCCUCUGGUUCAUGGUUCCAGGGAAGCACUUAAUUACCCCCGCCCCCCCUCCCUGAGACUGAACAGUUCAUGAACUGUUGUAUAGCAGUGGUUCCCAAACAUUUCAUUGCAGGCCCCCAUUAAAUUACCUGCAAUUUCUUAAAAGGUGUUUCUACAAUUGAACAUUUUAAAUUUAAUUUCAAUUUCAUCAAUCAGUUAAACUAAACUAACUAAAUAUUUGAUCAGUUUUUAGUUUUAUUUGAUCAGAACACACACAUUCAUUUUCCUUCUCAAUAGGUGAUAAAUCCAUACAAUGUAAAUGUUAGGUGCAUGUUGUAUUAAUAAAUUGGCUAGCUAUUCCCUCUUAUUCCAUAUUAUAAAAGUACAAAGUAGGCUAUAAACGUAUCACCAAAUAGGUUAGUUUUAGCCUACAAUGCAGUAAGUGCACUGCCACACUAAAUUUGACCUGUGGUUGGUUAUUUAGGUUUAUCGUUCCGUUUUUUCAACCCCCCUUUCAACUCUGCGCCUAUGGGAUUUUGGGACAUUUUGGGAACCACUGUUGGGAACACUACUUGGUUGGCUUUCACCUGAUCAUGACGAGUAGCCAAGCACCACAGCAUCCUUAUCAGAUGGUAUUAUGUAAAGUCUGCACUUAAUUGACUCAAAUGAUGGCUUUAGUAAAAUUCCCAUUUGUUUGAAAAUGAAGGACAAAAGAGGUAUAGCCUGUGCUCACCUUUGAAACGAGAAUGACAGGUACAGCUUGCGUGUUAUUUUGUGUUUACAUUUACAGGUCAAACCACCUGAAACUUUACUAACUGAAGAAAUCUUGUUUAUGUGUGAAUACUCAUUAUGUUACUCAUGUUCUUUCUGUGUGUACAUGCAUAUGUAUUUAAUAAUGUGACUUGUGAAAAAGGGAAGUGUGCUCUUUUAUCUUCCUAUCCCAGUGUAGGAACUAAGUGUGUGUGUGUGUGUGUGUGUGUGUGUGUGUGUGUGUGUGUGUGUGUGUGUGUGUGUGUGUGUCCUCUCAGUAACCGUCAGUUAAAGAAUGGUCAGUUAUCGAUACAUGGGGUGGAAAACGAAUGAGAAGAGUGUCUGUGUGUGUGUCUAUGUGUGCGUGUGCAUGCAUUGGAGAAAUUUCUUAUGAACAUUUCAUUUACUGUAUUCACAUCUGUCUGGUGCCAUUCAUCUGUUCAAAAAGCUGAAAUAGUAGGGACAAUUGUGUCUUUCAAAGACUCUCUCUCACACACACACACACACACACAUACACACACACAUACAGUCCCCAUGACCAUAUUUGUGUUUGUUCCACCCUUUUUCAGUGGGGUAUAUCAUGAGGAUCAUCAAGUUUCAGGGCUAGGUCUGAUCAACAUGCUGAGGUAGAAAGGAGAGACGUACGUGGAUGGACAGUGUGUAACAGACGUCAUCAGAACCCCUGAGCUCAGACUUGGCCAGACGAGACGAGCAGUAGCACUUUUGUGACACCUCCCUGGGUGAGGGUGAUUCUACAGUGCAGGAUCUCGGUGUUUGCCAGAUGACUGAGUCGAGGGGGGAAUAACCUGUUUACUCCCCAAAGUGGGAGCAGGGGUUUGUGUUAUUACUCUGUGCAGUCGUUGGGGUAUCUCAGCGGGUUUGUGUUAUUACUCUGUGCAGUCGUUGGGGUAUUACUCUGUGCAGUCGUUGGGGUAUUACUCUGUGCAGUCGUUGGGGUAUUACUCUGUGCAGUCGUUGGGGUAUCUCAGUGGCCCUGUUUUGUGGAACACACCUACCCACUCUCCAUGACUUUAUGGUUAUUUGUACACUUUGAUUUAGUAGGCUAUUUUUAGUGAUGAAUCAGUGUUUCUGUUACCGUUCUUUGUUUGUCCAUUUUAUAAUGCCAUUACAUGGAUACUGAUGCAGUUCAAUGCAUGUUCAUUCAUGAACAUUUUGUUUAUGUACAAACAUCUGAUUGAGCUGGAAAAAAACAAUAAAAUGCAGUCAGUACCAGAACUGGUUUGUCUACUACACA